AUGAGUAUCAGGAGGAAGAACCUCGACCCGGAGUACGGGGAUAGCACGUUGCCAACUUUUACAUUGAUGGGUUUCCAGACGCACGCGGAGGUUCGGUCGGGACGCACGCUAUACCAAGCCUACGACAUCUUCGUCAAUUCAAGGCACCCCCACGUAAAGCUCAUCAUGAGCAAUGCCAUUGCUCGCGAAAACGAACAGGAUCUGCUCCGGUCUGAGCUGUUGAUAAUUUUGGCGGUGAUGCAUUCGCGGUUGCGGGUCGAAACGAUGUUAGAACACGUCGUAUGCCAUUGCUUACGUGCCAUGUUGAAGGUUCGUGCUUUCCGCAUUCAUGCCCCCAUGCCGCGCCGGCUCUAA